CCUUGUGAGCAUGCGCGUUGCUAUCGGAGACGGCUUACACAAUUGCAGACUUUUACUUUGUUGUUCACUGUCAUCAACACAAAUCAAGUUGUUAUCGAGAUUAUAACAAGGUGACAACAUUUGACCAUCGGCAUGGCUGGCACAUACUAUCACCAGGAAGCUCUUCGUAAGGCGAGAUUGAUUGAAAGAAAAACUGAAGCAAUGAGACGAUUACAAGACAGUCUUGGAGAUAGUCAGGAAGGACCUGGUAUUGUUGAAAGUAAGCCAUCCAACUUGGUUUUUUCAGAAGCUGGUCAUUAUGCACAAAACAGGAGUAAAUUGGAAAAAUUCCGUGUGAAUUCAGCCGGUUUUGACAACAGAUAUCGUCAUAGAGACAACUUAAACCCUCACUGUGAUCUUGCCUAUGCUGUUGUUUACCCAGGAAAAGAUAACUCUGAUUAUACCAAUGAUGAAAAUAGAAACAAUAGAAUCAUGAAUAGAAAUAUUGAAAGUUAUGAGAUUUCUAGGAAAAUUAACGGGCCUACUCAUGAAAGCGAUAUUGAUUCUUUCUUUGAGGUUUCUUCUGAAUUGUAAAAUAUGUUCCUUCGCCCCCACCCAUCCCUUUUUCGUAUAUUGAAGUGCUAAUUCUACACAGUCACUGUUUGUCAGCAGGGUUUUCAAUCCUGAACCUUUCGCUCAUUUUACACAUUUUAUGUUGUUGUUGUUGAUUUUUUAUAUGAUUUGCAUUAUUUUUGCAUAAUUAUGCAGUAUUAUUAUAUAUACUAUAUAAGUGCUAUGUACAUACAAAUGCUUGCUUUUCUUGACCAGUGCUUUGCUUUUGAAGCUAAUUGUUGUAUGUUUUGGACAUUGUU